AUGUCAUCACCCGAUUAUUCCUCCGACUCGUCCUCGGGGGAUUCGAGCCACCGCGGCAGCCCACUUCGAUUAGAAAGGGCGAGAUCGGAGCUUCCAGCCCCUGACGACCAACAUGACGAGGAAGAACAAGACGAAGAGGCAGUAGAGGAGGAAGUAGAAGCUUCCAACGAGGUGUCCCCAAUAAGUGCAGAUGAGUCAGUCGGUCAAGCACUGGACGAUGAUCUUGCUGGUGGCCCGGGGCCAGACGCAGGACCCCAGGCUGAAAACGCCGAAGACAACGUGAUCGACCUCACUGCACCAUCGCCCAACAGCAAUCAAUCGAGCUCUCCAGCGAUUGUCCCGGGUGGUGCAGAGAUUCCAGAAGCUGGAAGAGAUGGGGACGAACCAUUUGCGCAAGGCAGAAGCCGACUGGAGCGAGACGUGAUUGAUCUCACUGGGGACUCGCCCGAGGAGCCGGCCCAGCCAGGGCCGUCCUUUUCAAAUCAGAAUGUUGAGCGUGCUCUGCCGACUCUCCCGCCGUCUGCCUCUAGCUCGAGCGUAUCGUCCCACAGAUCUGCAGGUGCCGGAUCCCUAUCAUUUCAAAGGCGACCAGCAACGCCACCAUCACCCCCGCCUGCUGCUCGAAGGAGGACAUCCUCCAAUGCUUUUGCCGCCACUAGGGCCAGUCAUCAACAACAAAGGCUGCCAGAGUCUAGAAGACCUUCAGAUCUUGUUCUACCUCGGUGGCAGCCGGAUGCUGAGGUUACCCUCUGCCCCAUCUGCCACACCCAAUUCAGCAUCUUCAUCAGAAAACACCACUGCAGAAAAUGCGGGAGGGUGGUAUGCGCCUCCUGCUCACCGCAUCGCAUCACUAUUCCUUAUCAGUACAUCGUCCACCCUCCUGGAACUCCUCGUCCAGGAGCCCAGAGGCAUUCGUCUUCUUUCCUCAGCGGUGAAGGCGGGUACGCGGAUUUCAGUAGCCUCGGUGGUGGUGAAAAGGUCAGGCUUUGCAACCCGUGCGUGCCUGACCCGAAUACAAAUCCACCGCAGUCUCAGGAGCCUCCAGGCUCCAGAAGGGUUCAUAGCAGGUCACAGAGUGGCGUUGGAGGAUCGGCAUCACUCGGUUCAAAUCUAGCGGCGCAAGGUCGGCCCACCUACUUUGCGACUCGAGCAGAUGAUCCUUAUGGAAGGAAUAGAAGUGUUACAAUGUUACCAGACGGCUCUCGACAAGCUUCGGGCAGUCGACCCUACCAUUACCAGUCCACCCAGAAUAGAAUUUUGAGCGGGACUCCACCCACCCAUUACCCCUACGCCGUACCCUCAUCGAGCUCUUCUUAUAGGGCGAGACACCGCUCGAUGCUUGAAGCUGGACAAGCUUCGUCUUCCAUGGCCGCGGCUAGUAGAAGACCAUUACCACCAGACCCGCCGCAAUUGGCAGAAGAAGACGAGUGCCCAGUCUGCCACCGCGAGCUUCCGCCUCGAGAGUUGGCUAAUUACGAGGCUCUGAGAGAAGCUCACAUCAACAUGUGCAUCUCGUCCCACAGCGCCUAUGGGACACCGAGUGGUGAGAGCUCUAACAUGGCACCGAGGAGGACAGGUAUGUUCCCAUACAUGGCGACGGAAAAGGACUGUGUCGACAGUGCGGAGUGCACCAUCUGCCUUGAGGAGUUUGAGAGGCCUUCUGAGGCGCUGGGUGCCGCGGCCAAGCUGCCAGAGGCAGAGCCGAUACCUGUGCAGACACCAAGGGACAGGGUGACGAUCAAUGAGAUCAAGGAGCGAAGGGCCAAGGCUGGUAGGCUAGUUGCUGGCGUCGCUGCGUAUUGCGAUAGUGACAUGUUCAAGGCUCCCCAAGCGGCCAAGUAUCUCAAAAAGCCUGGGCUGAUCUCACUUGGUGGAGGCCUUCCCAGCCCCGAGCAUUUCCCUUUUGAGUCUAUGACUAUGAAAGUGCCCAUACCGCCAGGCUUCACCGAGGAGGCAACAAAGGAGUCAGGUGCGACCCUGAUCAUAGGCAAGCAUGAUGUCCGAGAAAACACGGACUCGGAGUACGACCUAAGUAUCGGACUGAACUACGGCCAGGCUACGGGGUCCGCGCAGAUGGUGCGCUGGGUGACAGAGCAUACAGAGCUGGUCUUCAACCCUCCUUACGCAGACUGGCGGUCAUGCCUGACUGUGGGGAGCACCGGUGCCCUGGAGCAGUCCUUGCGGAUGCUCUGUGACAGGGAGAGGGGCGACUCGGUCAUGAUGGACGAAUUCGCCUUCUCCACCGCGCUGGAGACCGCAGAGCCGCUGGGCAUUAAGGUCAUUGGGGUCGCCAUCGACGACGAGGGCAUGAUACCCGAGUCGAUGGACGAAAUGCUGUCAAACUGGGACCCGAAGGAGAGGAAUGGGGCCAGGAAGCCGCAUGUCGUGUACACGGUACCCUCGGGCGGAAAUCCUACAGGCGCAACCAUGGGGACGCAGAGGAGGAAGGACAUCUACGCGGUCUGUCAGAAGCACGACGUCUUCAUCCUCGAGGACGAGCCAUAUUACUAUCUCCAGAUGGAGCCGUACAACCGCGGCGGUAAGUCCGUUGAGGCCGCAGCUCCCGAGUCGGUCGAGGGCUUCCUCGACUCGUUGAUCCCGUCUCUGCUCAGCAUAGACACCGAUGGCCGUGUCUUGCGCAUGGACUCGUUCUCCAAGGUCGUGAUCCCCGGCUCGCGGAUGGGCUGGGUGACCGGGUCUGAGCAGAUCAUCGAGAGGUAUAUCAGGCACGCAGAGGUGGCCAGUCAGGGGCCCGCUGGCCUUUCGCAGGUCGUCCUCCACAAGCUGCUCGACGAGCAUUGGGGACACGAGGGCUAUUUCCGGUGGUUGAUGAACUUGAGAAUUGAGUACACCAAGAGGAGGGAUGCUCUCCUGAGGGCUUGCGAGGAGUCCCUGCCGGCCGAGGUGGUCAAUUACAGCCCACCGGCUGCGGGCAUGUUCCAAUGGUUCCGCGUCAAUUACAACCUCCACCCAGAUACUGGUAAGCGCAGCAUUCCCGAGAUAGAGGAUGAAAUUUUCCACUCGUGCAUCGACAAGGGCGUUCUGGUCGCGAGAGGUAGCUGGUUCACCGCAGAGCACGAGAAGCCGCCCAAGGACCUUUUCUUCAGGGCGACCUUUGCGACUGCUUCGCCCGAGAACAUGAGGGAAGCCAUCCGGAGGUUUGGAGAGGCUGUCAGGACGAGCUAUCGGAUGUGA